UUAACGAGAUGUUCAGUGUAAUUUAUAUUUGCUGAAAAAAAUCUUUGGUUGUCCUGACUAUUUCUUGCCUCAUCGUAGGACAGGAUUGUCACUGUGAACCGAGACACUAACUGACAAGGACCAGGCAAGUGUUAAAAUGAGAAACUGGAGGAUUAAUUGCUUAAAAAUCCUUCUUACCUUUACCUAACCAAUAGACUACAACAUAUUAGAACCCUCAUGUAAGACUCGGGUAGUGUUUUACGUUUCAGGGUGCAGAAGACGAACCGAUCGAUUUAGAGGAACAGACGACAGCAAUCAUCGAUCACAAAUUCAAAGAAGACUCUUCUCUGACUACUCCAUCAAAACAGGAACCGCAUCCAAAGGAAAGGUUAUCCACCCCAGGAAACAGUGGCUUAAAGAAUCAGGAAGUUACUUCUGAAAUGGACCAUAACAGCAGCAAUAUUCUGUUGGAUCCCAAAACCAAGGAGUCUUCAGAUCUGCACAGCUACAUUCAAAAGAUGACUAUCAGCAGGGAUGACUUCUCAGCCUUGUGUCUUAGAAUUAUAGAAUGGGUAAUGAAAGCUGCCUCAACAGUUCUGAUCCCAGCUCUUGAGCUCACUUUGGGAAAGAAAGACAGCUUGCACUUGAAUCCUUCCAGUGUAGUGAUUCCAUGCAACCCAACCUGCUGCUUUGAGAAUAAAAAACUAAAGGAGACAGAGUCUGUUCUCUCCAGCAUUGUACACCUUAGUCUGAACUCUGUUUCCAGCAAAUGCAGCAGUGCCAAGGCAGCUUGCAGGAGAGGAACUUCAACACACUACCACUCACUAAAUAGGUCUCCAAAUGAUACAUUAGAUGAGGAGUGCAAACAGAGUUUUACUUUACACUCUUCGUCAACACCACAAAAGGAAAUCAGGGAAGGGAAGGGUCUGCAUUCUUCUGCUCCACUGGAGUCCCUGUUUGGGAUUUCAGAGGACAUUAUCCUCAGUACAGUUCAACAAGGAAUCUCCAAGUCAAUAAGUGAUACAAUACUGUCAUCCACACACAAAGAGAAAAAUCAUCCUAAACUAGACUCCACUAAGUUUAGUAUAGAGCUGGUGAAGAGUAUUAUUAAGCAAACAAAUUCCAUAAUGGCAAAGACUCUGCACAGCAAAGCUUCAUCUCAGGCUUUUUUAGACAUUGAGACUAGUUGUGAUGCUAAUGUACCAUCACUUCAAGAGAUCCUACAAACAGUCUCUGAAAAGGUGCUGGACAAUAUUUUAGAACAGAGACCUACAACAGCAAGUUAUGAGUUAGACAGGAGAAAUCUUUACAAAUUGGCUGCUUCUGCAAUGCAAAACAUUGUUCUCAUUUUAAAGGUAGUUAAUAACUGCACUGAUGGACAAAGUGCCAGUGAUGGUACAGAAACCGAUUCUGCAGUGUGCCACUCGCUCAGCAACUUUCUGUUUGCAGUUGCAAAGGAACUUCAAGCAAUUGCAAUCCAAAGCAGUUCAGCUCACAAUUUAGACAUAUUUGACUCACCAGAAUGCAGUAGAGGAUCUAGUCAUGAUCUAUUCCUAAAAAACAUCCACAAGGGCAAUAUUGUUCAGGCAGUAGAGGAAAGACUGACAAACAUCUUUGAAACAUUCAAGAAUUCUUCGAUUUUCUCUGGUUCCUUGCACCAGACUGAUUCACAAGGCUGUCUCGGGGAACGGUCUGAAGCUCCUGAGAACAUACCUCCAAUCAGUUGUUUUCUUUCAGAUGAAAGAAUCACCAAAAUAUCCACAGAUGUUGUAGAUGUUGUAUCUUCCACAAUUCUGUCCACUUUGGAAACAAUGGAUGGCAAGGCUUCAUUAUCUGGAUCUCAGCAUCAAUACUUCGAUUUAGAGCCUGAGCCAUGUGAUGUCAAACAUGUUUGCCAUGUGAUAGUCACAAAAGUGUCUGAACAAAUCUCCCCAGUUUUGUCUCUCACCAAAAUAUCAUCAUCACCCCUCAAAUCAGACCUUGUUGAUGUCCAUUCUGCAGUAACUGCUGCAACAGCAUGUCAGGCAUUUAAGAUGGAGCUUGAUAAUGAAUGUCCACAACACUCCACAAUUGAGGAGUCAGGGUCAGCUAACCCAUUGGCCAGGCAAUUAGUGACCUCCCUCACACAGACUUUUGGGGACAUCAUCCAGGGUUGUUCAACCAUUCUUGAGCCAUCAGCAGUAACUGAGUUUCCUGAGUUGCCCUCACCAGUCAUCUCCCGCUCUGUGCAUAUUGAAACAUCUCUGGCAGGUCAGCCCUGCUCUAAGAAAGAGAGCAUUUUAUUUAGCCAUUCUAGCUCUGCUGAUUCACAAGAGUCUCAAAUUGCAUUUGCCCCUGAAACAAGCAAUGCAUCUAUGUGCUUUAAGAUAACAGAGAGUGAUAUCACUGAAUCCACCUCUGGGAUUCCUGAUGGAGAACUAAAGGAAGUGAGAAGUUCAAUGGAACUGAAUGCCCAGUCAGGAUCCAGAGUGUUGUGGGAAGAAGCUAGGUCUUUGGCCAGUAAGCUUUAUCAUGAUGUUCUUGACAAGCUAAAAAGAUUACCAGUGUUUCAAGAGCUUGGAGAAGGCAAAUAUGUGGAUGUUAAGAGUACAAGUGGAUCAGAAAAUGCCCAGUCCUGUGCUGGCUCUUUGACAGAUCAAUUCAACCUUUAUUCCUACACUAAAGAAAUCAUUCAGCAAGUUCUGGAUUCACUUUCUUCUUCACUCUCAAAGAAUAGCAAAUUUACCACAAAGACUGAUCUCUCAGAUAUAUCUCUUGACUCCUGUAAAAUGCUUGAGAGGGUUAUCUCCUCCUAUGACGUCUCUUCAAAUUCCAUAACAUCACCUAGUACGCUGGGACUAGGUCAUGGAACCCAAGGAUCUGACACCAGGUUAUCAGGAAAGAGAGAUUCAGGGCCAUCAACUGAGCAGAUCCAAACUGAAGCAAGAAAAAUAGUAAGCGAGGUGCUGCUUAAAUCAAUAAUUCUUCUUCUUACACACUCCGUUGGUGAUGCCUCACAACAGAGCACACCAGACACGUCAAAUAAUGUGUCUUCUGCUGCAAGAGAUGUUCUGAACAUUAUUAUGAAUGGUCUAAAGCAUGUUACACACUCCACAUCAUCAGCGACAGAAUCAACCAUAUUAGAUGGUAGUCUGACCGAAACUGAAUCAGCACAUGUGGGAUCCCAUCAGAAACCUGCUUUUGACAAAUUCCAGGUCACCGGCCGUAACAUUUUUGACCAAGUUCACAAUCGAAUUAAGAUGUUUUUCUCCUCAUUUCCACCAAUAGACACAGAUAAGGGUAGUCAAGAUGUUUCUGAGCAGUCUCAAGGUAAAAUAGAGGACUUUGGCACCAUGUCCAACCAGUUUUCUGUGAACACAUGCUCUAAAGAAAUCAUCCACCAGGUAGUAUCAUCAUUGCAGUUACAAGUAUCUCAAGUGGAUUCCCUAAAAGGGAGACGAUCAAAUAUUACCCUUGCAGCCUGUGAAUUGGUGGACUCUGUCAUCUCUGCACUAGAUAUUGCUUCUACUUGUGCUAGUCCUGAUUCUUCUCAAUUAGAUGAUCAAUCAUUUUUUAAACGAGAGCUUACAACCAACGAUCAUUUAAAAGAUGCUAUCAUACGUGCCACAGCCAGCCAGAUGGCAAAGGAGGCCAUCAUCAAAGCCAUGGUUUUUGUUACCACAGAAUUUUGCAAAACUGAAGCAUUACACUCAGAGACUGAAUUUCCUGCCACAGAAGAGCCAGUUCCUUCUGCCCCAUCAACAACUCUGUCUCCUAUGUCAUCACCUGAGAGUGUUGUUGCCCUAGACAUAGUGAAUACGAUUGUGAAAGAUUUGGAGAGCUUAUCAGAGUUUAUAAAGAUGCCAAUUACUUGGGAAUCCAGCAACACAAACAAACUUCAAGAGCAAUUGAAAUCCCAGAAUGUAAUAAAUGAUGCCAACAUGUUGCUCAGUUUCUCAGAGGAAUACAUACCAUUAAAAGCCAUUUGCAUUUUUCACAAGGUUAAGUCCAACGUCAAGAAAUUUUUCUCCCUUGUUUCACCAUUCAGCAUUAAUGAUGAUCUGGACAAAUCUGUUGAAAUUGAUGACGCAGGAACUAAUUCUGCUCAAGCAUUCUGCAAGCCAACAAAGAGUAAAUCACUACAAACAGAAUUCAAAGCAAAAGCCCACUCCCUCCAAAAAGGUCACUGUCAAGGUGACACCAGUGAAAUCGCAGCAAUCACACAGGAUGCAGUCAGCAUUUGUGCUAAAGAAGUUGUUAGCCAGGUCUUAUCUGCUAUUAAAACAGCACUGGAUACAAAAGAGUUUUCUCCAUCAGGGCUUAAGGUGACCAAACUAUCCCUUGCAGCCAGUCAGAUAGUUGACUCCCUACUAGUUGGCAUACAAGAGGUAAACUACUAUGAUGUUCAGGAAAUCAAAAGCACUGACAGUUCUGAUGAGCAUUUUUCCAUCACUGACGAGAAUGAUGUAGGUGUGCUCUCAAAACAGCAAAACGUCCUUGCAGCAGAUAAAGAAAAGCUUACUGAUGACUCCAAAGUAAUGACAAAAGCACAGUUUUCUACAUCUAGAGAAUCAUUUGUGAAAAAGGCAGAUGAGACUUAUGGAAAAGAAAAUCAGAUGUUACCUUCCAUGCCAACAAGGCUUUUCCCUGGGAGUUACUUUGAACAGCUCCUUUCCACUGAGAGCCUCUGCUUGUAUUCUGCCAAUCUCAUCCAAAAAGUCCAACAUAUUUUUGAGGAAACAAGUUCUGAACAGAUGCUUAAGUUUCCUGCCAACAGAAGUUAUUUGGAACAAACUUUCAUUACAGAUGUUGGCAAAGUUGGAAAUCCUGCAGUGUCUCCUAUGGAUGUAUUUGUUGGUACCUUUGCUAAACAUUUAGUGAGGACUCUGUUACAGAAUUGCCUGGGGGUGUCACCCACUUCUUCUGUUCAGAUAUCCCAAGAACAAAAUCAUAAUUUACUGACCAGCUUUCACACUACCUUUGUCAAGACCGAGGCUGCAGAGUUUUCCAACAAAAUUUUGCAGCAAUUCACUGAGAUUUUGACCAACAGUGUGUUGGAUGCCCUGUCUGAUGCCUGUGGCACUCAAAUACAUUUUAAAGGUGUCUUGUCAGCACCAAAUUCUAACAGUAGGCAUGCCACAUGUGACACUUCAUGCGAAACCCUGGAGCAUCAUGCUGAAAACCCCAUUUACAGAGAAGUGAAUGCCAACAAGUCAUUAGUGUCACCAAACACUGAGAACUUUGAAGGCAUUCAGUGCUUUCAUUCCAUUCCUGCUGUUCAGAAAAAGCAAAUUACUGAUAAACCUCAUGACAAGACCAAAGAGAAGAGCAGAAUGAUGGCAUUCCUUCCUAAAAUGCCCAAAACCACAAAGAUCCCAAAAUUCAAGUUAAAGAUGUUCAGUAAAAAAGUGGAGCCUCUAAAAUGUGAUAGCCAAGAGAUGCCCAGCAUAGGCAGUUUCUCACAUGGAUUUGAGGCUAAUUGUUCAUUUUGUUCCUCAAGUCAAGAAAACACUGUAGUCAACCCCUCACAGGAAGAGGAUGCUUCUUUGGUAACUUCACCAGUAUCAGAGCCUAGAAGACAUCCUAUUUUGGCCAGAGCAUUUACUGUGUUCUCUCAUGUCCUGUCCAACGCCUUUAGAGUCCAAGACACGAGCAUCUAAUUCUUUCUGUUUAACAGUUAAUUCAUAAGGAGUUUACUUACCUGUUUACAAAAUACAUUGCUACUUUGUU